AUUGCAUCGGCAGCAUCCAUCCGUCCGUCGCCGAUCGUGGCCGAGAGCCACCAAAACAGCCAGCAGCCGAGCAGCCAGUGUUGUCAAGACAGAGUGGUCGUCGAGACGGACGCGGUAUUGGCCCCGGCAUGACCCCGAGCAGCUUUUACGGCCGCAGAUUUGCUGUAUCUGUUCCUGAAUCGCAAUUUUGAUGUGCAGUGGGGUGCUUUCGUGCUUGAGGAGUGCUGAGUGAAAGAGGGCAGCUUGAGAAUCCACCAUGACGAGCAACCAGCUAUUUUUCGUCUUCGGCGCCGUGUUCCACUCCUUUUUAGCCAUCGUUGCAGGCGACGCAGAUUUUUCUGGCCUGCGUUUUGCAAAACACCCUGAGUCAACAAUGGCUAAGCCUGGAGAUGAUGUGGUUCUGGAGUGCGCGCUUAAUGUUUCUGCUGAUAGCAUCCAGUGGCAGCUGAACGGCAAAGCACUGCCUGAGGCGGUCAGCAAGGGCAGAGGACGUCUCGACCUCAAAAUAGCCCAACAGAAGGAAGACUUUGAGAAGCAAACUGGCACUUAUCAGUGCAUCGCUCUCUUUGGUGCGUCGGCACUGGCUUCUUUACCAGCAGAAGUGUCGGUCGCGCACAUAGAACACCCUGUAGGCCUCCCUACAAAUACAGUGGACACCACUUACACGGGCAGCAUGUUUUACGUGAAGUGCCACCCGCCGGUCAGCGUGCCGCCAGCGCGGAUUAUUUUCUUCAAGGAUGGCCAACAGCUUUCUCACCAGGCCGAUGCGUACGGAGGCUUCAUGCUGCGGAACGUCACUUCCAAAGAUAGUGGCCGAUACACAUGCUCGGCUACAAACCCAAUCACUGACAUCACGGUGAAGCUGAGUGACACUCUCGACCUGCAUGUGGGAUCGCCGCCAACCCAUGACGUCGCCCCUGCACUUUCCACUUUAUCGCUGAUAAUUUACUCUGUCCAUCUUGGCAGUGACAUCACGAUGGACUGCCCUUUUUCAGGGUGGCCACUGCCGCAUUACAACUGGACUAAGUACGGAGGCAAACUAGCUCAAGAUAGAAUUAUUAUCAAGCCUGGCUCGCUCAGCAUCCGGCAAGUGAAACAAUCAGACAUGGGCACCUACUUGUGCUUAGGCACUAAUAGGCUAGGCUGGGUUAAACGCGUCAUUAAAUUGGAAGUCGUUGAGUCGCCAGAAAUUGAUAUGAGGUCAGAAACCAAAGGAAUAGACGAAGGAGGCGAUUUUAACAUGACUUGCACUGCUUCCGGCACGCCACAACCCACCAUCAAGUGGCUUCUCAACGGCAAACCUGCUGAGGACGACCAAUCCAUCGCCGUUGAUCAAGAAAAACUGACAAUCUUGUAUGUGGAGAAACGGCACGCUGGGAUUCUGCAGUGCUUUGCCUCAAACAAGGCUGGCACUGUCAACACAAUGACCAUGCUGCACGUCAGACCCAAGCUCAUUCACGAUGACAAAGCAGUUCAACCCAGACAGAACCACAGAGGAAAGCCUAAAAAAAAUGGAAGAAAGAAAAAUGGCAACGAUAAUAAUAAAAAUCAUAGCAAAGAUCCUAUGAUACCUCCUACAAGGCCGAAUGUAACUCGCUUGAGCAGCGAUUCAGUGAUUCUAACGUGGGACGUGCCCCCUGGAAAAUCGUUGAAUAUCACAUUCUUCAGGGUGCAGUACACUGAGUUAAACUCGUCGAAUUUGUGGUCAACAGAGGAAGAUGAUUUGGGACCUCACGUCCGCAGCGCUGAAGUGAACAAUCUUAAGCCAGGCAUGAGUUACAGGUUCCGGAUCUCAGCUGUUUACACCAACAACGACAACAUGCAAGGGCCCAAAUCUGCUGUAUUUGUGAUGCGCAAAGACCCGACGUCCAAGAGGCCCAUUUCACAACCUGUGAUCAAAUCUGUGACUGCGGCCGGUACUAAUGCCUUGAAUGUGAGCUGGGAUUUUCCGGUCCCACCCCAUCAGCCGAUCGAAGGCUACUUCAUCCACCUACGCAGUGACUCGGUGGCCGGCACCUUUGAGAAACAGAUGUGCCAAGACGGAAACUCUCGCUCCUGCUUGGCGAAACACCUUUUGCCGGACAGCAGAUACGAAAUCAAGAUGCAGGCGUUCAACUCUGCCGGCAUUUCUGCUUUCAGCGAGACAAUGCAUGGAAGAACUGGCUAUAAGACAGAAGCUGAAGUUUCCAGCGCACCUAUCAAUCCUGAUAACGAAUUAUUAGAUGUCGAAUAUGUUCCUGAGAGCACCAGCAGUUCGUCUCAUAUGCUUAAUCUUGGAAUAGCCUUCAUAUGCAUGGUCUUUCUCAUCUUCCUCCUCUUCCUUGGUGGCUACUAUUGCAAGAACUGCCAGUCCAGAACAGUAGCCUCAGAACAAGAUCAAGAAAAAGAAGCUCAAGCUUACGGCUUGGUAAAUGUUGGGAAGUCUGUGACAAAUGGAAGUGCUCAUCAUCCGCACCAAAUUCGGCACGGGCACAGACACCCAGCAAGGGUGCACAUUACUUCCAACCCCUUGGAUGGUACUGCUGUGCACUACAAAGCAGAGAGUGUGGUAGAGGUGGCGAGCCAAAACAACAAUUUCUCCGAUCCAGCAAGACAGCGUUUGCGAACGAAUUCUCUUGACGAUGACGAGGACGAUCUGGAGGGGACGAGCGGGUCGGCAGGAAGCAGCGAAGAGGACGCGUCACCUGUACCCUCAAGACAGUGCGUUUGAUCAGUGACAAAACUGCCGAAGCGGACAAAGACACAAGACUGUCUUAAUUUAUUUCGCUGUUCAACGAAUGUGAUAAUUUGUACAGACAAAGCUCUUUUAUGUGCAUUUCUGCUGCCAUGACUAUGUACAGAGCCUCCUUGUACAAAACUGGCCCGAUUUUUUUUUAUAUAUGACACUAUGGCUAGAAGCAAAAGUGUAGAAAGAAAUCUCUGCCGUGUCAAUUCCUAUCAAGCUUGGCUGGCUUUGAAAAUGGUUGGUCUUUUUAUUAGAAUGUCUCUCUAUAUACAGUGCAGCUAUUUUCUGUUUUGAAAUCUCAAGAGUGGCUAUGGACAAGUUUUAAUUGUUUUAAUUUGUUUGGUGCACCACCUCUGACCGUAAAUCAGCGCCCAGUAGUGAAAUUUAAUACCAGCAUGUACGCUGGUUCACUUUCAAUUGGCAUUCCGCAGCGUAAGUACUUAAAAAUUGCCAUAUUGUUGUGUUUCUGCUGUAAUGAACUUUUAACAUUGUAGCUUUGAAAAUGCAUAAUUUUCAAAUCUAGUCCUUGCAUUUUACAGAAUUAACGAUCCUGCUAAGGUGCUGGCAAGCCUAUAAUUAACCCAGUUAUAAGAAUCAUCUUGUGCACAGUUCAUAAAACGAUUUUGUUUUUCGACGUUUAAAGAGAAAUUUUUACACAACAAGCAAUCUCUUGCCUUUUUGUAGCUCGCAUUUUCGUAACUAAGUGUCAAUUUCUUCUGGAUGAGACCGACUGCUGUAGGUUAAUAAUCCAAUCCAAAAGACUGCCUUUGGAUCUAGGAGACGAAAAUGUUUAGUAUCUCGAGUUAUGUGUUCGCACGUAGCCGUGGGUUUUACAAUAAUGUCAGAAAACAAAUGUGUCUCAAAUCAGAAGUCUGAUUGUAAAUAGCGGCAAAUAGAAACGAGUGCUCACUGGUUAGUGAUGAAAGACAAACCCAGUGUUUUUAGAAUAUAUUAUUUCCAUGUCAUGGACUUGCUAGAAAUAAAAUUGUGCUAAUAUUUUCAUAUCAUCAA